UCCGGCUCUGUCUGUCACAGAGGAACAAGCGCUGGGGUGAUUUCUGUCCUGUUAAAGAGCGCAGACUGAAGCGAGAGGUUAGCUGUAACUGGCCAGUGGGUUUGAGAUGAAGGGAGCCAGAGCACAGGGACGGGAUGUGAAAACACGCAAACUGAGUUACAGGUAUCCCACAUUAGUACAGGGCGACUAUGUCUGGCUGGACCUGAAGACGGGUGGGGAAUUUGAGGUCCCGAUCGGAGCUGUGGUGAAGCUCUGUGAUUCUGGUCAGAUCCAAGUCCUGGAUGAUGAAGGAAGUGAACACUGGAUCUCUCCGCAAAAUGCCACCAACAUCAAGCCGAUGCACCCCACCUCCAUCCACGGGGUGGAGGACAUGAUUCGACUGGGGGAUCUGAACGAGGCGGGAAUCCUCCGGAACCUUCUCAUCCGCUACAGAGAACAUCUCAUCUAUACGUACACCGGGUCCAUCUUAGUGGCUGUGAACCCGUAUCAGCUGCUGCCCAUCUAUACGGCAGACCAGAUUCGCCUCUACACCAACAAGAAGAUCGGAGAAAUGCCUCCACACAUCUUCGCCAUCGCUGACAACUGCUACUUCAACAUGCAACGCAACAAUAAAGACCAGUGCUGCAUCAUAAGUGGUGAGUCUGGAGCAGGAAAAACAGAAAGUACCAAGCUGAUUCUGCAGUUUCUGGCUGCUAUCAGCGGGCAGCACUCCUGGAUCGAGCAGCAGGUGCUGGAGGCCAAUCCCAUUUUAGAAGCCUUUGGGAACGCUAAAACCAUCCGUAACGACAACUCCAGCCGCUUUGGGAAAUACAUCGACAUCCACUUCAACAAAAGAGGAGCCAUAGAGGGAGCAAAGAUCGAGCAGUACCUUCUGGAGAAAUCCAGAGUGUGUCGACAGGCCCGUGAUGAGAGAAACUACCACAUUUUCUACUGUAUGUUGAAAGGAAUGACGCCUGACCAGAAGAAGAAGCUCGGCUUGGGUAAAGCCACAGACUACACCUACCUUACUAUUGGAAACUGCACUGUUUGUGACGGUCGAGAUGAUCAGAAGGAAUAUUCAAACAUCUGCUCGGCCAUGAAGGUCCUCAUGUUCACAGACAAGGAGAACUGGGAGAUUUGCAAGCUGCUAGCCGCUAUUCUGCACAUGGGCAACCUGAACUAUGAGGCUCGCACAUAUGAUAAUUUGGACGCUUGUGAGGUCGUGCGAUGCUCAGAUCUCAACACUGCCGCUGUUUUGUUAGAGGUGGACUUGAAGGACCUGAUGAACUGCUUGACCAGCCGAACCAUAAUAACCCGUGGAGAGACGGUUUCCACUCCUCUGAGUAUUGAGCAGGCGCUGGAUGUGCGAGACGCUUUUGUUAAGGGCAUAUACGGACGCUUGUUUGUGUGGAUUGUUGAGAAAAUCAAUGCAGCCAUUUAUAAGCCUCCGUCCCUGGAGCUCAAAGCAGUGCGGAGAUGCAUCGGCCUGCUCGACAUUUUCGGCUUUGAGAACUUCACUGUUAACAGGUUGAAAACAACCACAACAUUACAGUGUCCCUGUUUUCUGGAGAAGAAUCGAGACACGCUGCACGGUGACAUCAUUCAGCUCGUCCACUCCUCCAAAAACAAGUUCAUCAAGCAGAUCUUUCAGGCGGACGUUGCUAUGGGGGCGGAGACCAGAAAGCGUUCGCCGACCCUGAGCAGUCAGUUCAAGCGCUCUCUGGAGCUGCUGAUGCGCACACUGAGCGUCUGUCAGCCGUUCUUCGUCCGCUGCAUCAAACCCAACGAGUUCAAGAAACCCAUGCUCUUCGAUCGUGAGCUGUGUGUGCGGCAGCUGCGGUAUUCUGGGAUGAUGGAAACCAUCCGGAUUCGCCGGGCUGGAUACCCCAUUCGCUACACUUUCGUUGAGUUCGUGGACAGAUACCGUGUUUUGAUGCCUGGAGUGAAACCUGCUUACAAACAGGAGGACCUGAGAGGAACCUGUCAGCGUAUCGCUGAAGCCGUAUUGGGCCGUGAUGAUGACUGGCAGAUGGGAAAGACCAAGAUAUUCUUGAAGGACCAUCAUGACAUGCUGCUGGAAAUCGAGAGAGACAAGGCCAUAACUGAUAAGGUCAUUCUCAUUCAGAAAGUUGUCCGAGGAUUCAAGGACAGAUCCAACUUCCUGAAGAUGAAGAAAUCAGCCAUGUUGAUCCAGAAAACAUGGAGGGGUUAUUACUGUCGGAAGAACUAUGGAGCGAUGCGCGGUGGUUUCUCACGUCUGCAGGCGUUGUAUCGCUCUCGCAAACUCUACCAGACGUACCACAUCGCACGACAGAGAAUCACUCUUUUCCAGGGCCGCUGCAGAGGACACCUGGUGCGCCGGGCGUUUCGACACCGCCUCUGGGCCGUCAUCACCAUCCAGGCGUAUACGAGGGGCAUGAUCGCCCGCCGACUCUACAAAAGACUUAAAGGAGAGUACCGGCGGCGUUUGGAGGCAGAGAAGAUGCGACUAGCGGAGGAGCAGAAGCUCAGGAAUCAGAUGAGCGCCAGGAAGGCCAAAGAAGAAGCCGAAAAGAAGCAUCAGGAACGACUGGCACAGCUGGCGCGAGAGGACGCUGAGCGCGAGAAGAAGGAGCGAGAGGAGGCACGAAGGAAAAAGGAGAUGCUGGACCAGAUGGAGAAAGCGCGACAUGAGCCUGUCAACGACUCUGAUAUGGUGGACAAGAUGUUCGGUUUCUUGGGAACCACAAACUCGUUCCCUGGGCAGGAAGGUCAAGCGCCGGCUGGGUUUGAGGACCUGGAGAGAACGCACAGGGAGCUCGAGGAGGAAGACCUGGAUGAAGCUCUUCCUCUCCCAGAGGAUGAUGUGGAAGAUUUGUCGGAGUACAAAUUUGCCAAGUUUUCAGCCACGUAUUUCCAGGGCACGACCACACACACUUAUGUGCGCCGCCCGCUCAAACAGCCCUUACUGUUUCACGAAGACGAGGGAGACCAGUUGGCGGCUCUGGCCGUGUGGAUCACGAUUCUCCGCUUCAUGGGUGACCUUCCAGAACCCAAAUAUCACACGGCCAUCAGCGAUGGCAGCGAGAAGAUCCCUGUCAUGACCAAGAUCUACGAGACGCUCGGCAAGAAGACCUACAAGAGAGAGCUGCAGGCUCUGCAGGGAGAAGGAGAGAACUCUCACACUGAAAGUCACAAGAAGAGCAGUGUGCGUCACAAGCUGGUGUCGCUCACCCUGAAGAAGAAGUCCAAGAUUACGGAGGAGGUGACCAAGCGUCUGAAUGAUGGUGAAUACACAGUCCAUGGAAACAGCAUGCUGGAGGACCGACCCACAUCCAACCUGGAGAAGCUGCACUUCAUCAUCGGCAACGGCAUCCUUCGGCCAGGCCUGAGAGAUGAGAUCUACUGUCAGAUCUGUAAGCAGCUGACCCAGAAUCCCUCUAAAAGCAGUCACGCUCGCGGCUGGAUCCUCAUGUCUCUGUGUGUCGGCUGCUUCGCUCCCUCUGAGAAGUUUGUGAAGUACUUGAGGAACUUCAUCAGUGAAGGUCCUCCGGGUUACGCUCCCUACUGCGAGGAGAGACUGAGGAGAACGUUUGCAAACGGAACAAGAACACAGCCGCCCUCCUGGCUAGAGCUUCAGGCCACGAAAUCAAAGAAGCCGAUAAUGCUGCCUGUGACGUUUAUGGACGGAACCACAAAAACCCUGCUGACGGACUCAGCGACCACAGCCAUGGAGCUCUGCAACGCGCUGUCCGACAAGAUCAGCCUCCAGGAUCGAUUCGGCUUCUCCCUGUACAUUGCUUUGUUUGAUAAGGUGUCGUCUCUGGGCAGCGGUAAUGAUCACGUGAUGGACGCCGUGUCUCAGUGUGAGCAGUACGCUAAAGAGCAGGGCGCGCAGGAGCGCAACGCCCCCUGGAGGCUGUUCUUCAGGAAGGAGAUAUUCACGCCGUGGCACGACCCGACGGAGGACAGCGUCGCUACCAACCUCAUCUACCAGCAGAUCGUGCGCGGCGUCAAGUUCGGCGAAUACCGCUGUGAUCGGGAGGAGGACCUGGCGGAGCUGGCGUCGCAGCAGUAUUACGUGGACUACGGCUCUGAGAUCCUUGUGGAGCGCCUGUUGAGUCUUAUUCCAUCCUACAUCCCCGACAGAGAGAUCAGCUCGGCCAAAACCGUGGAGAGAUGGGCUCAGUUCAUCAUGGCUGCACACAAAAAGGGCAUCUACACCCAGAAGAGGGUCGACCCUCAGAAAGUGAAGGAGGAAGUCGUGGAUUUUGCUCGUUAUAAGUGGCCUUUGUUAUUCUCAAGAUUCUAUGAGGCCUUUAAAUGUUCAGGUCCUAGUCUACCCAAGAAUGACGUGAUCGUGGCUGUAAACUGGACUGGCGUUUACUUCGUGGAUGAGCAGGAGCAGGUUCUUCUGGAGCUUUCUUUCCCGGAGAUCACUGCUGUGUCCAGCAGCAAAGGAGGGAAGCAUCAGGCCCAGAGCUUCACUUUGGCCACCAUCAAAGGAAACGAGUACACGUUCACCUCCAGUAAUGCAGAGGACAUACGGGACCUGGUGGUCACCUUCCUAGAGGGGCUCAGGAAGAGAUCCAAGUUUGUUGUGGCCUUGCAGGACAACCCCAGUCCAGCCGGCGAUGAUUCAACGUUCCUGAGCUUCCGGAAAGGUGACCUCAUUCUGCUGGACCAGGACACGGGCGAGCAGGUCAUGACAUCCGGCUGGGCUCACGGGAUCAACGACAGAACCAAACAGAGAGGAGACUUCCCUGCAGACUGUGUUUAUGUGCUGCCCACAGUCGUUAGACCUCCGUCUGAUAUCGUGGCUUUGGUUACCAUGACACCAGACCAACGGCAGGAGUCGAUCCGGAUUUCCCAUGUUCCUGUAAUGGAGACGGAGGAGAGGACAAAGCCGUACACGCUGGAGGAAUUCUCCUAUGACUACUUCAGGCCUCCUCCCAAACACACGCUCAGUAGAGUGAUGAUCACCAAGAACCGCGGGAGAGACAAACUGUGGUGCUGCACACGAGAGCCCAUCAAACAGGCCCUGCUGAAGAAGUGUGUGGGCCAUGAGGAGCUUUCCCAGGAGGCCUGCAUGGCUUUCAUUGCUAUAAUGAAAUAUAUGGGCGAUUAUCCGUCCAAGCGGACGCGGUCUGUGAACGAGCUCACAGACCAGAUCUUCGAGACUGCGCUGAAGGCAGAGCCUCUGAAAGAUGAGAUCUACUGCCAGAUCAUCAAACAAAUGACUGAAAACCAUGUCAAGUACAGUGAGGAGAAGGGCUGGGAGUUGCUCUGGUUGUGUGCCGGUCUCUUUCCUCCCAGUAACGUCCUCUUACCGCACGUCCAGAGGUUUCUACAGUCGAAGAAACAUCAUCCGCUGGCUUCUGACUGCAUGCAGAGACUGCAGAAAGCUUUACGGAGCGGUUCCCGCAAGUAUCCGCCGCACCUUGUGGAGGUGGAGGCUAUUCAGCACAAGACCACACAGAUCUUUCACAAAGUCUACUUCCCCGACGACACUGAUGAGGCGUUUGAGGUGGAGUCCAGCACGAAGGCCAAAGACUUCUGUCUGAACAUCUCCGGCAGACUGCUGCUCAAAUCACCCGACGGCUUCAGUCUGUUUGUCAAGAUCUCUGAUAAGGUGAUAAGUGUACCUGAGGGUGAUUUCUUCUUCGACUUUGUCCGCCAUUUGACAGACUGGAUCAAGAAAGCGAGACCCGCUAAAGAUGGUAUAGUGCCUUCAUUGACCUACCAGGUGUUUUUCAUGAAGAAGUUGUGGACGACCACCGUUCCAGGCAAAGACUCCUUCGCAGACUCCAUCUUCCACUAUUAUCAGGAACUUCCCAAGUAUCUGCGUGGAUAUCAUAAAUGCUCCAGAGAAGAGGUUUUCCAGCUCGGCGCUCUGAUCUACCGGGUCAAAUUCGAGGAUGACAAAUCCCACUUUCCCAGCAUUCCCAAGAUGCUGAAGGAGCUGAUUCCUCAGGACCUGAUUCGCCAGCUCUCGCCCGACGACUGGAAAAGGUCGAUUGUGGCGUACUUCAACAGACAUGCUGGGAAAUCAAGGGAGGAAGCCAAGCUGAUGUUUCUGAAGAUCAUUUUCAAAUGGCCCACGUUUGGCUCUGCCUUCUUUGAAGUGAAGCAAACCACGGAGCCACACUUCCCUGAGAUCCUGUUGAUAGCUAUCAAUAAAUAUGGAGUCAGUCUGAUCGACCCCAAGAACAAGGAUAUUUUAACCACGUAUCCCUUCACUAAGAUUUCCAACUGGAGCAGCGGGAACACGUACUUCCACAUCACUAUCGGCAACCUGGUUCAGGGCAGCAAGCUUCUGUGCGAGACGUCACUGGGCUACAAAAUGGAUGACCUGUUGACGUCCUACAUCAGCCAGAUGCUGACCACCAUGAGCAAGCAGCGGAAUUCACGCGGCCACAGCAAGUGAACGUUUGAUUGGCGUGAGGCGGCGGAGCUGGUGCGUCUGCUGCGGCCUAUUGGUCGGCCGUGCAGCUGGGGGCGGGCCUUCGCGUCCCAGCUGUGGCGAAUGAGCCGCACCCCCUCUGCCAGCUCCCAGGGCUCCAUGUGUCCCGAUGAAGACUCUUCAUCUGCCUCCAGUGAGGAUGACUACCUCUGAGGAAAGCUCCUGUCUCCGUCUCCUGUUAGGAAAUGGCAUGUGAAGAACUGGAUUUGUGUUUUAUUGUUGGAUGAUUUGCUCUAGAAUAUGUAUUACAUGUUUUAAUGCACAAUUUAGAUACCAUUUACUACGUUUUGUCAAAUUCAACCGAGUAGAUUAUGAACUGGAAUGGCUUUGCUACAUGCAUCCUGAAGCAUUAUUUAUGUGGUUAAAAAAGAAAAAUACUUGCAUGAGUUUCUGGAGGGUUGUGAAUGAAUCUUUUUAAUGGCAGCAAAAAAAUAACUUUUAUAAUCGUUCAAAUGUUAGUUUGUGUUCCAUUUGAGAAUUCUGUGAUUUCAAUUUAUUUGAUUCACUUUUUUAAAGUUACACUGCAGGCCUUAAUUUCAAUUUUUUUUUUUUUUUGAAGACUAGUAACCGUUUUUACAUGCAUCUUAAAGGAAUAGCCUAAAAAUGAACAUUUUAUGAAAAAGUGUACUCAUCCUCACACCGUC